UUCAGGCUGAAUCGCUGCUCGCUCUUCCUCCAGGCCAGACUUCUGGGAGUUCCCGGGCAGAAGGCGUUUCGGUCCGGACCUAUUCCUGCUAGUGCAGGCCUCCAGGUGAGGACUGUACUGGAAAAUCUUGGGGGUGCGGGAUGGCACAAUGGAUCUUCACUACUCCAUGCACUGCCCGGCGUCAAUGCAGGUGACCUCACUCGGAAGGAAGACUCUUCCAGAGGCUGGGCCAUUCCCAUUUCUGCCCAGAGUAUGGUCUCGCCGGGGAGAGCGGGCCUGGGAGCUGGCGCCACGGACUGGACCAUCCUUACAGACAAGCGGGGAGUGCGUGUCCCCAUCUCACAAAUGGACUGGGCCUGGACCAAACCACAUGAACUGGACUGAGGGAGGGAAGAAGAGGGCAGGAAGAAAUCUCGCCCUAAACUUCCGCCUCCCUUUUCUCUACUUUGUAAUUUAUUGAUCAGUUUCCGAUGGGAGACCGGUGCCCUUCACCCGCGGAAAGGCGGCGGGGCUUCCCUCCCGGGCCGCAUGUGGGGAGAGGCUGCCCCCUCCUCUUUUUCCUGCCCAGUCGCGGGGCCCAAGUCUUCCUUCUUCAUCCGAAAGGAGGGGAGGGGGGACUCGCUGCUACAAGCCUCGCCCCCUGUGCCACUCAGCCCCGCCCCGCCGCGUAGGGUCGCCAGUCCCCCGGGUCAUCUGCGGGCGGGGUCCCCUUUCCCUCCCCCGUGUCUCGUGUCCCCGGGGCCUCCCCGCCCCCCGUGCUGUGGCCGUGUCCGUGCCCCAGGGGUAGAGGGCGCAGAACUGCGCUCCUGGUUCCCCUCCGGUUCCGGAGUUUGCAUGGGAGAAUCCUCUUUCCACGAUGCCACUGGGCGACGUGGUGUGGGGGGAGGGCGGACGGCGGGGGAGCCCUCGUCCCCGACUCUCAGUCGGCCUCCUGGUCCCAGGCGUCACUCAGUGAUCACGGGUAAAGAGAACUGUUUCAAAAGCUCCCGUGUUGACUGAUUUUCUUUUUUGAUCAGGACGUUGAAAAAGUAAACCACCUGCAGGAUCCAGGAGGCCGGACCCUUGGUGCCUCAGUCCAAACCC